AUGGCCCCUCCCCAACAUCGUCCUCUUCUCCCCCGUCGACUAGAACUUGAUAAAUUUCUGCCGCUGUUGCACUGGCAGGGCGACGGGGAGAACGCCGGCGGAAUUGGAGAAGACGCCGACAUGCAAGAACUCGUGAUGCUCGUACUCCGAAACAGCACUGGGCCCGGCCGGUGCACCCUGCAGACCUUCCUCGCCGUCGCCAAGAGCCUUUACUACGUCGCCAGCUGCCCGCCCGCCGCCCUUGAGCUCCACAUCGACAAGGUCCUCUUCCAGACCGUUGACUGA